AUGGAUAAUGAAUCUAGACAUCAUCUCAUCUCUGAGGUAGAUCAUGAAGUAAGUGCUGGCCCUAUGAAUAUCCAGUUUGAUUCUUCAGAUCUAAGAUCUAAAAGGCCUUUCUAUAUAGAGCCCACAAACAUCGUCAAUGUGAAUGAUGCCAUUCAAAGAGUUAGUGACCAUGCCUCUGCCAUGAACAAAAGGAUUCAUUACUACAGCCGGCUCACCGCUUCUACAGACAAGGCACUGAUUGCCCCAGAUCAUGUAGUUCCAGCUCCAGAAGAAUGCUAUGUGUAUAGUCCACUGGGUUCUGCUUACAAACUAGAAAGUUACACUGAAGGAUACAGUAAAAACACCAGUUUAGUAACCAUUUUUAUGAUUUGGAAUACCAUGAUGGGAACAUCUAUACUAAGUAUUCCUUGGGGCAUAAAACAGGCUGGAUUUACUACUGGAAUGUGUGUCAUCGUGCUGAUGGGCCUUUUAACACUUUAUUGCUGCUUCAGAGUAGUGAAAUCACGGACUAUGAUAUCUUCAUUGGAUACUACUACCUGGGAAUAUCCAGAUGUCUGCAGAUAUUACUUUGGCUCCUUUGGGCAGUGGUCAAGUCUUCUUUUCUCCUUGGUGUCUCUUAUCGGAGCAAUGAUAGUUUAUUGGGUGCUUAUGUCUAAUUUUCUUUUUAAUACUGGAGAGUUUAUUUUUAAUUUUAUUCAUCACAUUAAUGACACAGACUCUGUGCUGAGUACCAAUGAUAGCAACCCUGUGAUUUGUCCAAGUUCCAGGAGCGGUGGCCAUCCUGACAAUAGCUCUGUGAUAAUUUUCUAUGCCAACGACACAGGAGUCCAACAGUUUGAAAAGUGGUGGAAUAAAUCUAGGACAGUGCCCUUUUACCUCAUAGGGCUCCUCCUGCCAUUGCUCAACUUCAAAUCACCUUCGUUUUUUUCAAAGUUUAAUAUCCUAGGCACUGUAUCUGUUCUCUACUUGAUUUUCCUUGUCACCUUGAAGGCUGUUCGUUUGGGAUUCCAUUUGGAAUUUCAUUGGUUUACGCCUACAGAAUUUUUUGUACCAGAGAUAAGAUUUCAGUUUCCACAGCUGACUGGAGUGCUUACACUUGCUUUCUUUAUUCAUAAUUGUAUUAUUACACUCUUGAAGAACAACAAGAACCAAGAAAACAAUGUAGAAGAGUUGUCAGUUUCUUUGAAAAUCUGUUCAAAUCUAGUCACUUUCAUCAAAGAGAAAUUUACAUAUGCUGUUGCAAUGCCUCCUGGAAGUUUCUUUGUGGACCCCUGCAUUUUCCAUGUCUUGAUUCUUAAUCUAAUCAUUGUGGGAGCUGGAGUAAUCAUGGCCUGUUUCUACCCAAACAUAGGAGGAAUCAUAAGGUAUUCGGGAGCAGCAUGCGGCCUGGCCUUUGUAUUUAUAUAUCCAUCUCUCAUCUACAUAAUUUCCCUCUAUCAAGAAGAGCGUCUGACAUGGCCUAAAUUAGUUUUUCAUGCUUUCAUCAUCAUUUUGGGCCUGGCUAACCUGAUUGUUCAGUUUUUUAUGUAA